UUUCACGAGCAGGAUAGAAGUUGUGGAAUAGUUUGAUAACGUUUUACCUACACGUCAAACGAAUACCAGAAGUCAAGAUUAAAAUGCGACCCAGGAUACACCUUGAACUUGUUGUACGGCAUAAGAAAUAUUUGGAAGAAAAUAUACAAGUUCUGGAACCUGUCUUGGAAGUUAUGAAAAACGCUGUAGAAAAAUGUCAAAAUUGGAUAGAAGAUAAAAUUGACAACCCGCCUCUCACGUACGGCGAACUUUGCCAGGAACUAGAGGCAGCUACAUUGAGUUUGUUGAAUACGUCAUCAUCUAUCAUAAAUGAAAAUAAAGACUACGUAAAUGUCGAGGACACUGCGCCAUCAUUAUCUCAGUCAACACCAUAUCCUACAGCAGCAGAAAAAUGGGACCCUAGUGAAUCAAAACAUCAAGUCACUAAACACGUUCAAUCAACAGCGGAAAUAUUGAGUCGACUUGAGCAGAUAGAGACAGCCAUAACUUCUUUACAAGACGUCAGUCGACUUGAGCAGAUAGAGACAGCCAUAUCUUCUCUACAAGACGUCAGUCGACUUGAGCAGAUAGAGACAGCCAUAUCUUCUCUACAAGACGUCAGUCGACUUGAGCAGAUAGAGACAGCCAUAUCUUCUCUACAAGACGUCAGUCGACUUGAGCAGAUAGAGACAGCUAUAUCUUCUCUACAAGACGUCAGUCGACUUGAGCAGAUAGAGACAGCUAAAUCUUCUCUACAAGACGUCAGUCGACUUGAGCAGAUAGAGACAGCUAUAUCUUCUCUACAAGACGUCAGUCGACUUGAGCAGAUAGAGACAGCUAUAUCUUCUCUACAAGACGUCAGUCGACUUGAGCAGAUAGAGACAGCAAUAUCUUCUCUACAAGACGUCAGUCGACUUGAGCAGAUAGAGACAGCCAUAUCUUCUCUACAAGACAUCAGAGACAAGUCUACAAAUGCAAUAUCAGAAAUAAAACAAUGGAGAGACAACUUUGUAACAAAACAGAUUGACAUGGGGGUAAACAUUGAACAACUGGUUAAAAGACAAAAACAGAAUUUUAAAAACCUCAGAAAACAAAUGAGUGAACAAGAUAACAAAGUAAAGGAGCUGAACAAAGAAAUUGAAAGUUUAAAAGAAAAAGAAUCCAAGUCAAACAAAACACUAGAGAAACUGUCUCUAGAUAUAAAGGGAUAUGAAAACAACUUACUCAAAAUAAACAAAGAUAUGCAAGAUCACACAGAUAAAACUGAUAGUAUAACACAAGAAAUUAAAAGACAUUCAGAUCAGAUGUCUACCCUACAAGAAGAGAGUUAUAAAACCAUGCAUAAUACAUCAACACAAUUAGAAAAGUACAUUUUAACAAACAAGCUCCUGCAACAAAGGUUGAUGCCCAUUGACAAACUGAUUCAAAUCUUUAACAAAAACUUGGAAACAAGGAAAGAAAGAAUAACGAAGCUGGAAAAUAUUGAAGGUGCUAUUUCAAAACUGUCCAAAGAUUUGAAUAUUAUACGUAAGUUUGCAUAA